AUGGCGCCCAUCCAAUUUGGCAUUAUUAUGAUACCAUUCCAGCUUACAGAUGUUGCUGGGCCUGUGGAUAUCCUAUCCAGCGCCUCAACACCUUAUCUGGAAGAAUUUGGCCGCCCAGACCUAGCGCAGCGUGGCAUUGACAUCGAAUUCCACUACAUUGGCAAUGAGCCUGUCACCCAUUCUGCGGGUUUCAGAUCCCAACCUACAACCACCACGGCCGACUGUCCCAAGCUUGACUAUCUCCUCAUCGGCGGACCCUCGCCGAAAUAUAUCCAAGAGAUCCCACCAGCCAUAGCGAGCUUUGUGCGCGAACGCAGCGCCGAGGUCAAGAACGUGUUCACCACCUGCACUGGUGGGAUGUUUGCGUCCGCACUGGGCCUACUCGAUGGCCUGAAUGCCACGACAAACCACGAGGCCAUCGCACUUGCCAAGGACCUUGCCCCGAAUGUCAAGUGGACAACAGAGAAGAACUGGGUCAUUGAUGGCAAGUUUUGGACUGCGGGUGGCGCAUGCGCUGGCAUGGAUAUGAUGGCUCACUGGGUCAUGGAGAACUACGACAAAGAUGUGGCUCAAGCCGGGUUCGCAGCUCUUGCGUAUGAGCCGCGUGAUGUGGAUGGAAAGCAGGUCCCGAGAGCAUGCUGA